UUAAAUUUUCACUAUCUCUUUAUUGGAAGCUGCGAAAGUUGGAUGCUGCAACAAUUUAUUGAACCUUUUUGGAAGCUGCGAAAGUUGGAAGCUGUAACAAUUUAUUGAACCUUAUUGGAAGUUGAAAAGUUUCUUAGAGUUGUGUCAUAGUAGAAGCUGAAAAGUUUUUUGAAAUAUUUGAUGUGCAAGCCAAGAGAAGUCGUGUAUAAAAGAAGAUAUAUUGGAUGAGAGUUGUUCUUUGGGAAAUCGUCUGUGCUCACAUUUUACAUCUCCACUACUUUAUUCAUCUUCUCAACCUACUCUUCUACAUUAUCUAUUAUUAUACUGUUUUUUUAUCUACUCAAGUUAUUUAGCCUGAACAUGAUGUUCUAUCUUACAGCCUUGCAGUUGGAUCCGAACAAUGAGUCUGUUAAAGAAAAUAUACAGGUAGCUGAGCAAAAAUUGAUUGAAGAGCAACAUCACGCAGAUCAUAAUCCGAAUUCAAGAUCAUCUCAAGAAUCCCAAAACCAAUCUGCAGGAGGAUCAAGAAGCCAUGCAAUGCCGCCUCCAUUUAACUCAAUGCCAUUUAAUCCCAAUGAUAUUGCAAGCAUGUUUAUGAACAUGGCCGCAAAUGCUACAAAUGCACAUCAGGGGUCGCAUUGGGGGUCGAAUCCUCAGGAAAGGCAAGAAGAUACCAAUACUACUGGAGAAAUUGCUAAUGCUAAUAUGAAUGGAAUCCUCAAAAAAAUGGGAGUUGUCAAUGCUCAUAAUGAUAAAAUGGAAAAUGAAAAAUAA